GGCGCGCACGGAAGUCAUGUACCGUGUGGGGGAAUUGAUUACAUUACAACUCUAACUUACCUAGUCUUGGAAGCAUGGAAUGAUGCUCAGUUUAGCGUGUCAGGCAUCUCUCGCGGGAGGGACCCGGACUGGAGUCUACCGACACGUCUGCCGGAGCGUGCGUCGCCACGCCGCGGCGAUGGUUACCGCGGCGACCGCAGCGCAUCCCUCCGCAAACUCCGCCGGGUCGCGGGACGUCCUGGACGCGUCGCCGCGGCGACCGGACGCGGAGACGCCGGGGCGGCACCGGCUUCGGCCAUGCGGACUACAGAUGCUCUCUUGUUUUGCUAGUCACCGUGGUGAUCGUUGCACGAACUUCUUCGUCUCGCUCGUCGCCGUGCCGCCUCUGUUGUCGUCGUUGCCCUCGGCGAUGGGCGCACGGUGGCUUCACGUGGGCGCGUCGCAACGUGCGGCGGGAGGCGGGUCGCCACGGCGACGCUCGCACUCGUAUGAGACUUCGACAACGCUGAUGUACGCGUCGGCGCUGCUGGUGCUGGUGGGUGGGAUCAGCUACGCCGCCGUGCCCAUGUACAGGAUGUUCUGUCAGGCGACGGGUCUCGGCGGCCAGGCGGGGCUCCUGAAGAGCGCCGCGGACGCCGACAAGGUGGAGACGUUGAAGAAGGUCGCUCGCAGCGUGCUUCGUAUAGACGGUGCGAGUUCAACGCGGACAGCGGCCCUCGAGCAUGCGCUGGAACUUCAAGUCCGCCAGCAGGCACAGCGUAAGUUGCACCCGGGAGAGACGGCUCUGGCGUUCUACACGGCUACGAAUCCGACAGACGACCCCGUGACGGGCAUCUCCACCUACAACGUCGUGCCGUUCGAGGCCGGACUGUACUUCAACAAGAUCCAGUGUUUCUGUUUUGAGGAGCAACUUCUGAAUCCACACGAACAGGUGGACAUGCCCGUGUUCUUCUAGCAUCGCCUGACCUUCAGCCGACGAUCCCGCAUGAGCAUGUCGACACCCAUGACCCUCUCCUACACAUUCUUCCGAGCAAAGGAAGGGCUGCAGCUGCCAAUGCCUCUCAGCAGAUAGGCGAAGAGAA